UUAAUUCAGCAAAAGCAGAGGGAAACCCUAAUAGCUUGAGAAUCAGGGCAAGGAAUCAGCAUCUCAAUAUUGCCAUUAAUGGCGGACUCUUCUUCUCCAACAUUCGUUGCCUUUGCCGAUCCUUUUGCCAACCAUCUGCCACAAACCAUCCUUAAUCGUCUAUCUAUUUCUCGGAUUUGCAGAAGAUCACACACCGAAAAGUGUGAAUCCGAAACAAAAUGGAAGUAUACAAGAGAUUGGUAGGUGAGCUUGAAGAAAUGGGAUUCUCAAAGGCUAUAGCCACAAAGGCAAUUUGUUCUGGCAAUUCAAGUAUCGAGGAUGCUAUAAAUUGGCUCGUUGAACAUGAGAACGAUACGGCUGACAGUGAACCACAAACACCGAUGAAGCAGGCCGAGGUUCUAGUCAACGUCAAUAUUGAAGAAUCCGAUGGCUUUCAUAUUUCCGAAGACAUCAAGUUGAGAGCAAAGGAGCUAAGGAAUCAAGCAUGGAAAAGGAAAGCAGAGCUAGAACGGAAACUAGAAAGACAAAGGGAGAAGGAGAGGAUUCGAGCAGGUAAAGAACUGUUAGAAGCAAAGCGAAUGGCGGAAGAAAGUGAAAGGAAACGGUUCCUUUCCCAGAACAAAGCAGAGAAAGAUGAAGAGAGACGAGCACGAGAGAAUAUUCGUCAGAAACUGCAGCAAGAUAAGUUAGAAAGACGGGAGAUGCUUGGAUUGCCUAGAGAAGCUCCCGUACCUGUAAAAGUAAAACCCGAGACUGCAGAGCCACAAAUAACAAAGAAAUUGGAGCCAGUUGACCCUGGUCUAUCGCCUGUAAAGCCUGCUGCAGUAAGAGAUAAUAUGAGAGAAUGUUUAAGAUCCAUUAAGCGUCAAAACAAGGACGACAAUGCGAAAGCCAUGAGGGCAUUCAAGACUCUCUUGAUUUACGUGACAAAUAUAUUCAACAAUCCCGAUAAUGACAAGUUAAGGAAGAUCCGCAUCAGCAACCCGUUAUUCCAGGAAAGAGUUGGCAAAUUUGAAGGUAUCGAGUUUCUUGAGCUCUGUGGGUUUGAGAGAGUCGAUGGAGGUAAAUUUUUGCUCUUACCGCGAGAAAAUGUUGAUAUUGGCGUACUGAAGUCAGCUGCAAUAGAGUUGCAUAAUGCUUCGACGAAUCCUUUCUUUGGACUCUUGUCGGGGUAAAAGUUAGGCUCACACACUACGAGUCGAUAUGUACAUGAUCUGAAAGCGUGUUUUCAGGUCUUAAACAACAUGCACAUGAUCUGAAAUAGAGUGGAAUCUUAUUUAUAAAAUAAUGUUUUAUAAAGAUUAUUGAUACAUAAUGGUUACGUUAAUGACAUUGUGAAUAGAUUAUGGGAUAAAAUUUAUAUUUUGU